AUGACUAAGGAGCAACAGGCCCCACGUCCUGUGGUGAACCUGCAAGCCGGAGAGUUCCUGGAUUGCACACAAGGGAGCGAAGCAGCCAACUACUUCACGCUGCGAACGUUACCAUCAGGAUGGGCCCACUUGGAGCCCCGCACGCCCGGUGACUCUCCCCUCGCGCAGGGACGCCUCUCGAGGUUCGAGGUCCCUCACCCAAGACUAGGAGCUCCUUCCUCGCCCAAGGCGGAGAGAUCCCUCCCUCGCGCCAGGUCCUGGGCAGGGCUGCCCAGCCCCGAAAGCCAGGCGAAGAAGGCAGUGUGGGUGGAAAACGUUGGAAAUGAGCAUUUUCCCGGCUUCCUACGGCCGUCGGGCUGCGUGUUGCUGUGCGAGGAUGCCCACUGCCACGGGAGCCACGCGGCCACCACGGAUUCCUGCUUGGGGGGGGUGGGUUUCUUCGGUGCUAAAAGCCAUUUGCACCUUGGAAAACCAUCAGCCCCAAAACAGCGCAGGUGCUGCCCCCCUCCUGGAGCUCUGGCUGGAGGGAACGGGUCAGACGAGGCACCCGGCGGGGAUUCGGCACCCCAAUGUGCCAGAACCAAAGAAAAGCCCCAAAUCCCUAAAACCCGGGAGGAGAAAAUUCCCACUGAGCAGCGAGGCGCUGGCUCCCCUGGGCAUCACCCAGCCGCUGGAGAGCCGAUUCUCCUCCGUUUCUGGAGCAACCAAGAAAGCUUUGAGAGGGGAGGUGGGAAUAUCGGGAAGUGCGGUGGCAGCUGGGUUGGGAACGUUGAGCUUUUCACUCGGGAUUGUGCUGGGAAGCCCCGGGGCAGCGGCGCAGGCUGGCACCCACCGUGCAUUCCCGUGUUCAAGGGUUGUGCUCAGACCCACCCGAAAAAGCAGCAAAUUCCUCCUUUCCCUGAUGGCUGAAAGGGUCCGGCUGCUCUUGGCGUUGCCCGUGGCGUGGCAACGUGGCACAGUGCAAAGAUUUGGGUGCACCGGUGCGGAAAGGGUGACGCCUGCAGUGCCCAUCCCAUGGGAGCAUCCCCGGGGACGCGGGAGCCUCACCUCCUCCUCGAGCUCUCCAGGGAUUUGGGCAGCGCAGGGGGAAGCACGUCGGACCUCGACACCCAGACUCUGCCACGCAAAAUCCGGGUGAAACAAUGCUUUUAAUCGAUCCAAGACGACGGCAGCGCUCCCUCCAGCAGGGAGCAGGAUCGGGCCCCGAGAUGGGACAUCGCGGCGGGGGGACACACACACGUGUAAACCGGCC